GCCACGCCACUGCGCAGGACAGGAAAUUGAGCUAAUAUUUUGUUGUCUGGAAAGAAAGCUUGGUAGCGACUGUUCUCGCCCUCUGUUGGUCGUUACAUCAAAAAGAGAAAGAGGCGGAGCCACAUCUAGCUAUACUAAAUACUGAAGAAAAGUUAAGAGUCUGUCUGCUAUUGCGUUUGAGUUAGGCAGUACAAGUUGUGUUAAACUACGGCGUCUGAUUUAGGAGCAGUUGCAGCAAGAUACCAAACAAUUUCGACGUGAUAAACACAGUCGUUCUCUUUUUUUCGAAAUAAAAUAAAGUGUGCAUUUCACGAUGGUGAAGGUAUCUUUUAAUUCGGCCCUCGGGCAGAAGGAAGUGAAAAAGGACUGCGAAACCCUCAUUCCCGAGGACAAGGAUCCGGAGGUGGCUCUGCCAGUGCGUCAGCAGUCCAAGGCCUGGUGCUGGUGCGUGUGCCUGGGCUUGGCCCUGAUGCUGUCUGGCGUGGUUGUGGGAGGGGCCUACCUUUACAGGUACUACAUCCUGGAGGAGGGCAGGGUGUUUGUGUGUGGGGCAAAGUACCGAGAGGAGGACAUUGUGAACUACCAUGAGGAGACAAUGAUGACCCAGGAGGAGGAGGAUGUGGAGCUGGACCUGCCCUCCAGCUUUAAGAUGAUCCAGGAGAACAUCCGCAUACUGGUGGACCAGGAUGUGGCUCUCAUCAACGUACCCGUGCCCGAGUUCGAAGACGGUGACCCCGCCGACAUCGUCCACGACUUCCACAGGAAACUGACUGCCUACCUGGACCUGUUCCUGAACAAGUGCUAUGUCAUCCCCCUCAACACUUCCAUCGUCAUGCCUCCCAAUGACUUCCUGGAGCUUUUGGUCAACAUCAAGGCUGGUGCCUACAUGCCCCAGUCCUACCUGGUCCAUGAGGAGAUGGUGGUGACAGAGCGCCUGGACAACGUGGAACAACUGGGAUUCUUCAUCAACAACCUCUGCCAGGGCAAGGACACCUAUAAGCUUCAGCGCAGAGACAGGAUCCUGGGUAUGCAGAAGCGUGAAGCUCUCAACUGCCACAAGAUCCGUCACUUUGAGAGCAAAUUUGUGGUGGAGACCUUGAUCUGUGAGCCCUAGUGACGUCGCCAUGGGCAAAGUGUGACAUCUUCUCUGUACAACCUCUUCAUUUCACUGGGAGCGCAGUUGGAGAUUUGUAAUCCUCAUUUUCUGUUUUAAAUUUUCCCAUUUUGUUAUUCUACAUCAGGUAGUUGUGUGAUAAUUUUUAUGUGAAAUGGGGCAAUUUUGUCUGCUUAAAAUCUGUCAAUCAGUUCUGUGUUUUUUUUUCAUUAUACAGGGAUGCAAUUAUUCGAUAGAGGGUUUCUAUUUUUUGGAGGAUAUAUUCAACGGCGGGACUGCUAGCUUGUGAAAAAUGUAAACAUAGAUCUCAAAAUCAUCAGUGAGGUUAAGAUGACUUUAGUAAUCAAACUGGGAUUAAGGGGCUUGAAGCAGAUAAUGUAUGGUAUAGUCAGAUUUUCUGAAACUGAGUCUAAUUUGUAUUUUUGAAUACAGAAACAAAUGUGCAAAGGACUAGUCCAGGGUGUUUUAUAGAUGUUACAUUUUCUGUUGAAACUGUUAAGAUGUCUUAACUGGAAAACAUCUUAAAAUAAGUGUGGAUACAUGUUUCUUUCAUCUAGCUUUAAGAAUAAAUAGAAUAAAUCAAAAUCAAGAUAGUUGUCUAUAUAAUUUAAAUCAGUUAUUUUUUUCUUAUACAACAAAGGAAAACACACUUUUUUUAUAUUGGGAUAAAAGUAUUUAGUUCUUUUUUUUUUUUUUCCGAACUCCAUCUAUAUUACUAAUUUGUAUAUAACCUCUGUAAAGAUAUGACCAACACCACAAUAAAUCUUAAACCAGUACUACG